GAUAGUAUUGACCGGAUGUAGAUUAAUGUCUCUUUUGUUUUGAUGUUAAAGCCAACAUGGCGCACACCGGUGUCUCGGCCAUGGAUGACACGACACGAUAUUCUGAAUAUUCCUCUAAAACGAAUGUCAGGAGCGACGCAGAGAUAGACAGGCAGCUGGGCAGAACUCUGAUCGCUGUUGGUCUUGGUGUUGCUGCUGCAGGUUUUGCAGGUCGUUAUGCGUUUCAACUGUGGAAGCCUCUUGGACAAGUUUUCUCUGAGACGGCCAAGAAGAUGCCCACAUCAGCUUUCUCUUCAUACUACAAAGGAGGUUUUGAGCAGAAGAUGUCCAGGCGAGAGGCAAGCCUGAUUCUGGGCAUCAGCCCAGCCAGCACGAAAGUUAAAGUGCGGGAGGCACAUCGGAGGAUCAUGGUCCUGAACCAUCCAGAUAAAGGUGGGUCACCAUACCUCGCUGCCAAGAUCAAUGAAGCCAAAGACCUUUUGGAUAAAGAGAUCCGCCGAUGACCCAUAAUGUCACAUUAAGGACUUCCAUCUCUGUGUCAGAUCAGUUCUGGUGUUUCAUCAGGGUCCACAUCAGCACCACAACAGGGAAUCCACUCAGAAAACAAUGUUAAUCAUAUGAGUGUGCAGGCUUCUCGCCCUCUAGUGGUAGCUGCUUGAAAUGCUGCUGAGUUUUUGUGUCCAUGUGAAGCAUUCAGGUUUGAGUCUUUAUAUGUUAAAUGUGUUAAAUAAAGAUUUAUGUAAGAAACAAUUAGAUAAAAUCAAGAUUUCUGUUUUUAUUAUAAGUUUAUUUGAAGAUGGCAACAAGUGACCAAUAAAGAUCAACUUAACCAUCAA